AUGGCUUUGCACAAUUCUGUCGGGAAUAGUAGCCAGACAUCAACCGAUUCAGAAAUCGCAUUGUCCGUCAACCGCGUCGCAUUUCGUGUACCAUCGUUCAUCCCUGCAGAUCCAGAGUUAUGGUUUGCAAUGGUGGAAAGUAGCUUUGCAAAUGCGAAAGUGACUACCGACGCCACCAAGUUCAGUUGCGUCAUAGAAGCCUUGGAGCCACGAUACGCCUUAGAAGUUAGAGACAUCAUAGUCAACAAGCCUGAAAGGGACGCAUACGAGAUACUAAAAGCAGAGUUGGUCAAAAGGCUCAGCACGUCCAAGGAGCAGAAAACCAGACGCCUACUAGAGAUGGAAGAGUUAGGGGACCGAAAGCCGUCGCAAUUUCUCCGUCAUCUAAAAGGACUUGCAGGCAGCACCGUUCCCGAGUCCAUGCUGCGGACGCUGUGGUUCGCUCGCAUACCAACAAGCAUGCAAGCUAUUUUAGCCGCACAUCGCGACCUAUCAUUAGAAAAGUUGGCUGACAUAGCUGACUCUAUUAUGGACCUAACGGACAAUUGCCCACGAGUAGCAGAAACCAUGUUGUCCCCUGGUGAUCAAUUAGCAGCACAACUACAGCAGCUAACUCUUACGCUACAGAGAGAGAUCGCAUCAAUUAAACAAGAAGUGUCCGAAUUGCGAUACCAGCAUAAACAAAGGUCAAGAUCGCGUUCCAGUUCACGUCCUCGUUUCCGAAACCGCAGUGCAUCCAGUGGUAGUUGUUGGUACCAUAGGAAAUUUGGGUCCAACGCCCGAAAAUGCACCCAACCCUGUUCUUUCCAGACGACAGAUUCGGGAAACGCUACGGGGAGUCGUUGA